CACAUUUAUACAUCCGGUAAUAUAUCUGUCUCAUUGUUCUAUCUGUGGUUACAGCUAAACCCCGCAAUAAAGACAAGAUGGCAGGACUGCCCCGCAGGAUUAUUAAGGAGACUCAGCGCUUGAUGGCUGAGCCUGUCCCAGGCAUUAAGGCGGAGCCUGACGAAGGGAACGCCCGCUACUUCCAUGUCGUCAUCGCCGGGCCCCAGGACUCACCCUUCGAAGGCGGCACGUUUAAACUUGAACUUUUUCUCCCCGAGGAAUACCCCAUGGCAGCUCCAAAAGUACGCUUUAUGACCAAAAUAUACCACCCCAACGUAGACAAGCUGGGAAGAAUAUGUCUAGACAUCUUGAAAGAUAAAUGGUCUCCAGCCUUGCAGAUCCGUACUGUCCUGCUAUCAAUCCAGGCAUUACUAAGUGCUCCCAACCCUGAUGAUCCUCUAGCGAAUGAUGUUGCGGAGCAGUGGAAGUCCAAUGAAGCUCAAGCCAUAGAGACGGCCCGGACAUGGACCAGGCUUUACGCUCAAAACAACAUAGAAGUGUAGAAAACGUAAAACAAGCGGAAAGAAACUGAGCGGGAAGUCAGUGUGAGAACACACUCCUUAUUUCUGCCAAGACCUCUUCUUCUUCCUACUUCAUUUGCAUUUAAAGGACACCGUCUUGGAGAAAAAAAAAGGUAUUAUUAUAAUAAAAUAAACAUUUAAGGAAUAUAUUAAAAAAGAGGAAAAAGACAAGUAAAUUGGUGAUUUUAAAUGCACAUAAGAGAAAAAAUACUUAACUGGUCAUCUUUGUCCUAACUCACUACUGUUCAGAUGCAUGGGCAGCCAGGGUUGAGAUCUAACUCACCACCUGGCUUUCUUUUUCCAUUGAUUUGGGAGGAAACCGCCAACCUCUGCUUUUAACUAGCUUCGUAAAGAAAAAGAAAAAAACGAAGUGUUUCUGUCCCAUGUUUUUUUUCGGAGGGGGUGGGUUUGAGGGAGASAGUGGGGGUUCUUGUCCAAGAUGGCCAAACUUUUAAAAACUUUUCUUUUAACUUUGUUUUCUCUUGUUUUCGCUGGUUGUUUAUUGAAGUCCGCUGAUUAGCCCCAUGUAGUAGACACACCCUUUGAUACAGGCUAUUGUUGGACUCAUUACCCUGUUGAAGGCCAAGCCGCAAAAAAAAAAUCAACAUAGCGCCUGCUAAACCACUUUAACAUGAAAUACAAAGUAA